UUCGGUUCAGUUGAAAGUUCCUUAUUGCUCGAUUGUGUUUAAUAACAUUUUAGAAUGUGUUUUACGGGAUACUGAUGUCAGGAAAUUUACUGUGGACUUAAUGUAUCGGUUAUUUUCGGUUGUAAACAGUGUUUUGUUAAAAGUGUAUUUUCAAAAUGGCGGAUUUUUCUGUGUCUAAAUUUGCUGUAAAAAGUUAUGUAAAUACAUAUUAUUGUACACUCUGCGAAGAACGGUCUUCAGAAGUUGAUACUGCUUUUUACUGUAAAACAUGUAAUACAUACUUUUGUGGAACGUGUAUUCACUCCCAUAGCCAGCAUGGUUGGUGGUUUAAUAAACAAUGUCCGUUUGGAAGGGAUCAAAUAAUGAAGUGGCCACUUUGUAAAAAAAUAGCGGAUUAUCUUAAAAAGUGUGACAUACACAAGGGUGAAAAUUUAACAAUGUACUGCUCAGACCACAGUCAGCUGAUCUGCUCUACAUGUGUUGAAAUUAAUCACAGGCUGUGCUUUCAAGUGACCCAAUUAUCUGAAGCUGCAAAAGAGAAGUCAGCUGAUCUCAAUAACCUGUCUGUCAGAACGAAAAAUACUCUUUCACGAAUGAAACAGUUUCAGAUUUAUCAGGAGGACAGAAUGAAGUCUCUAAAGGUUUCGUACCAUGAACACGAGAAGCUUAUUGUGGAUGGCAUGCGUCUGAAUUUAACAUCAUAUCUUCUGGAAUGUGCAGACAGCACAGUGAAUGAAACGCAUGAGCAUAUGCAAUACUUAGUCCAUAACAUGCGUAAGAAAAUUAGGUCUUUAUUAGCAGAUUUUGACAAAAGCACUAUUAAGGAUAAAAAAGAAGAGCUGACACUGAAGUAAGCUCCUCUCGUAAAUGGAAAAAACAGCUGCAUUAGGCUUCAUGAGGAAUUGUUAUAUCUCCAUGACGCCAUACAUAGAGAAGUGGGUACGCCGGAGCUGUCUUUUAUAGCUAGUACAAAAUGUCAGAAAACAAUACAACGGUUUGAAACAUUUUUGGAUAAAUACUGUCCAAAGUUUCCAAACCAUGCGUUCACCGUGAUAAGGAAAUGUGAAUAUAAUGUGAACAUACCAAGCGAUUCAAAAACAGCCUGUAUUUCAAGCAUAUGUGUUCUUUGUGAUGGACAGUUCCUUGUUGCAGACGUAAGCAAUAAUAAAGUAAAGAUGCUGAACCAGCAGUACCAGGUUGUGAGUUACUGUGAUGUGACUUCCGUUCCACGGAAAAUGUGUACAAUUACAUCCAGUGAGGUUGCAGUGGCUAUAGAUAAUUUGUUUAAACCACAUGUCCAGUUUAUCACCGUCAACACAAGCCAGUUGGUAACAAGCAGAAAGUUUCAGUUACAACAUAGAUGCAUAUGUAUUGCGCAUCACCAGGGAGACCUGUACAUUUCUUCUCUCGAUGCAAUAUACAAGUACUCACUUAGCGGAAAACUGAUCCGCACACUAUAUGAUGAUAUAUAUGGUGGUUUUACAGUCAACAACUGCGCUGUUAGUCCGUCAGGGGACAAGCUGUAUAUAACAUGCCGCUAUCAGCUGCUAACGGUGGCCAUGGAUGGAACAGUCCUUGUCACCUUCACAGAUCCAGAACUACUGACACCAGAGGGUUUGCUUGUGACCUCUGCAGGCCAGGUGCUUGUCUGUGGAGUCAAUUCCCACAAUAUAAUACAGAUGGACAGUGACGGAGGGAGGAAGCUGUCCACUCUUGCUACAAGGAUGGAUGGGGUGGAGAAUCCACUUUCAGUCUGCUACAGCAGCAUCACUUCCUCCAUUAUUGUGGGAAAUAAAUACAAGGGUAACAUCCUCGUGUUUAGAGUGGAAUAGCGGCAUAAACAUGUAUUUAAUAGAAUUUGUAAUUAUAUGUUAUGUCUUCAAAAUUGAAAAUAUGAAUCAGAAUUACGUAGCACGUAAUGUUACACUACUGUAUGUUUGUGCAGUUGCAGAUACAAAUAUUUUUUUUACGAGUGAAGUUUUUCGUUUUAAAUUUUUACUUUUACCUAUUUUGUUAUGUUGUGGCAAUAAUUGUUUCAUUUUUGUCUUUUAAUAGAAAAGUGUAAUGAACUCUAAAUAAACAAAAAGUGAACAUUCAAUGUAUGUACGUACAUACACAUGUAAAUAACAUUAACGCUGUUUGUAGACAUAAACUUCUACUUAUGUCAUGGCAUAUUAGAGAUGUAUAUACAUAUAAAAAAUAUUUAACAUAUUAAAUAUAUUUCCUGGAUGACAUAGUAAACAUGACUUCUGUUAGGUUUAUUCUGUUUUUCAUGUUUAUAUAUAUUUUUCCAGUUGGACGUAAUUGCCUCUGCGUAAUUCUCUGGUUUAGAUAGAGUGAGGUUGUAUUCGACGCAAAUUGGAUCAAGGUUUAUAUCACGUUUUCUAAAAUAUUAAGUCUGCAUUCAGUAGUUUAAAUUAUGACAGAGAUAUUGUGCUGAAAUUGUGUGUGUAUGUCGGUUUUAUGCAGGUCUAGCAAUGGAUUAGAUUUUGGGCCACUGGGGUCAAGGUCACUGUUACAGAAACAAAAACGAAAAAUAUAGGUUCUUAUACAAAAAUCAGUUUGAACGGAAGUAUUUUUAGACGAGUUCUUUUAGUGAAAACUAAUUUUCUUAACAACAUGUGCUAUACAUGUUUCCUAAACGUUUGCCUCGUAUAUAUUUACACAGACGUAUUGCUGACUAAAGAUCUGUUAAGGCAUUACAUUAUGUGUUAUUAUCAGUUAUUUUUGUAAUCAUUAUCAUAUAGUAUUAUUCUGAUUUUUUUGUGAGUUUAUAUUCCAGUUUCUUUUAAUAAUUGCGAGGAAGGAUUGGCUCAUAAAACAAUUACUUACUUAAAGACGACAAAACAACUAUAACGGUACAUUCCUUAUUGUGUAGUAUAAAUGUUUGCAAGAAGGCAACAGGUCUAAUAAGUUUAAUAAUGCAAAUAUAAAAUCAAAAGCAUGGCUAACUUUGCAAAAUAGGUACAACUUGGCGUAUCUUACGCAUGAUUUAAAACAGAGGAAAAGCAAUUGAAAGUGUGAACGUGGCUUAAAUGCUAAAAUUCCUAGGGACGUGUUAAUUUUAAUAUGGGCUCAGUUAAUAAGUGCUAACGAUCCCGGCUAUAAUUCCACGGAUCAAUAUUUGGUAAGUGUCGCUAAUGUAAUUGUGCACUAGAGACACACUCAAACCACAUUUAAUUGCAACUGAUAUUGGUCGACAAGGAAGAUACGUAAAAUAAAUUGCCAAGAAGAUUUGAAGAGUUCUAAAACGUGUAGAACGAUAAUUGUUACGCUCAUAGCACCAACAUAACCGCUUUAUAAGCAUCGAUUUUUCCGGUUGUAAUUUGAGUUUACAUUAUACCAAUAGAUAUUCAACUGAUUGCUUUUUUGUUUUACAAUGUAUGGGUGGGAUUAACAUUAUCAAUAAUACAUUGGCGUUGAUUUAAUGUACGAAUUAGGUUUCUUAUAUGAAUACUAUUUGUAUAUUUAUAGUUUCUUCGAGAUGCAAGUAUGUUACGACAUUCACUCGAUAACAAUGUUAUACCAAAAUAUAUUUUUCAGCCUGUUCGGAAAAACAAAACGUUUGUUGCAAUACCUUUAAACAAGAUAAGCUUGGUGCUCGUUUUUUCAAAGGGUUUAUUUAAUGAAAUGUAUUUUAAGAACAUCUGUAACUGUUGUUGCUACGGCUCUUCAGAGCAUUGCCAGAGUUUCUUCACCCAAAAGCAAUAAAUCAUACGCGCAGAUAUAACAUUGAGGGGUAAGAGCCAGAACGUAAUAAGUCCGUUUUUUAAAUAGUGGAGAAAAACGCAAAAGAUCGUUUGACAAACAACAAAUUCUAUUUGAAUAUGACUAUAAGCAUAAUUUUAUGUUACAAUAUUAGGUAAUAGUAUGUUAUGGCAUUAUAAACAUAUCAUAGAAUUGCAUACAAUAUCUAAUGCUUUUGUAUUCAAAAUAGUUGUUACUUCAUUAUGGCAUAAAGGUAUAACAUAUAUAUUUUCUGUGUGCCACUGUGUUAAGUGCACUUGGUGCUACUUAGCUUUUACCAUGCUUUUCCUAUGUCAUUCAGGUCUAAGUUCCCUUAAGGCAAAACAGCCCUGUGCUGUGCAUCUAUUUUGAGAGACUGAACGAAACAUGUGCACUUAGCACAAGUUCAUAUUGAUAUUCAUAAUACGAGAUAUUAUUAUACAGAAGUACAUCAUUAUUUACUUUUGCAUUCUAGAUUUUAACAGGACAUACACAUGUAACAAUACAUAUAUUUCAAUCAGUAUGGACUUGUUUGUCUCCAACCUUCACAAUGGAAGAAAGUCAAGAUUCAGAUUUUCUAUUCCACAUUUGAAUCUUCACUUUCUUCCAUUGUAUCUAGUUCUGGAAGACUGUCCCUAGUUGUCUUAUCAGAUGGAAUAUCCUUGAAAUACUGGUCAUAUUCUGAAGGAAUUAUUCAUCAGAGCAAAGUGAUAGCAGGUCUUUUUUCUUUGCUACUGUAAUUGGAAAUUGGCAUCAUACAAGGGUUUUAAGUCACAUUUUAUAGAAGGUCCUUUCCUUGAGGAUUUAAGGUGCACACACUGAAAACUGGUGUCAUCGAAACUGCUCUUAAAAAACACACGCCCCGGAUCACUUUUUUGCAGUUUUAUCCAUGUUAUUUUUGUCCAUAAAACGUUUUGUCCACUUACAUUAACAACGUUUAACGGUAGUACAUAUUUGGCUACAUGAUUGAUAUCUAAAAAGUCAUAGUAUUUUAUCGGCACUACAACAUACGGAUUUCUUUAUCGUGCAACCUUCACAAUUGUUUCUCACUGGCUCGGUACAUAUACCGAUGUACGUUUCUUUGCACGUUCUAUCGAAGCAUGUACACUAUCACAACUCCAUCUGGGUAUGUCCACUUUCUAAAUACUUUUGUUCAAUAGUAUCUCUAUGUUUUUACAUUUCUCUUAAGCAUGCAUCAAUGCAAAAGUAACAACCCUAUUUCGAUUUUGACCACAACAACAAUCAGAAUAAAAACAGACAUUCUCUACUGUUAUAGAUAUAGAUUUCAUGUAAGUCAAAAGACAAGUUCCCUCUUCACAAGAGCCCCGUUUUCCUUCAGUUUCAUUCCACAAAAACCAUGUCGAACUAGCGUUUUGUAAAAAAUAAAAGGAAAUAUUGUAACAAUUGAGCUUUCUUUUAUAAUAAACUUUACUCACAAGAGAACAUGGAAUCGGUAAAACAGCCUCUAGAUCGAAUGUUGCAACAUGGUAUGACUUGUCUUGUUUUGCACGAGACUUAUCCAACUUCUUUUCAUCUCUAGCUCUGUUUUUUCUUUUGAUAUGGUAUUCAAAAGCAAUUUUCAAAUCGGUGGUUAGCUCGCCUGCUAUCUCCUAAUUUCUAUACACAGCGCAAGUCUGAAACUGGUCCUUCUUGGUUAUAUGGAAUGAAUAGUUAAACUCCUCACAUAAAAUUGUACGAUACAUUGAACUUGAUAUGUAUUGCCUGCCCGCUUCUCUUAGUUUUCUUUGUUUAAUUAAUACAAUUUACUAAUAUUUAAAUCAGAUCGUAGAACACGCCUUUUAGUGUCUUGGCUUGUGUAAUGUGCUUCUACAGUAGGAAAUGAUUCUAUAUGAUUACGGACAUCUUCUAUGAUUGCAUCUAGGGUUUUGUUAUGGGGAGUGUGCUUUCCACGCCUGUCAAAGGAAGCAAAUGUUCCUGAAGAUAGUGAUUUCAGUGCUGUAUCUAUCAUUCUGCCACCAAUAGCUAACGUCUUCUGGAAGAAAGCUUUGCAAACACAUUUCGUAUCUAAGUGAUAUACUCUGGAAAUAGCUCUGCCCUUUGAUGAGUGUGUCCUUACACGACUCGGCACAUCCCCCGUUAAUGGCAAUUGUAAAAUAUUGAAAACAAUCCCUGAAUUAUGUGAGUAUGAAUGAGGUUGGAUUAACAUAUAUCCCGAUCAGACUAUAAUAUUUAAUACAUUGUAUACCCAUUGUCUGUUAUAAAAAAAUAGCUACAUAGGUUUUAACUCAAAUUCCUCAUGCAUAAUACUAGUAUGGUUACUUUGUUUAAAAUUAUUAUAAUUUGUGUAUUAUAAACUGGUAGGAGGGAAACUUAUGUUUGUUCUUCAUUUCAUGUGCGUGAAUUACAUUUUGAACUUGAGUAAAAUACCUCCUCGUUAUACCAUUCGACCCUAACAUAUUGACUGAUUGUAUUUAUAAA